AUGGGUCUUAGGAAGAGAGCGGCCGUGCCUAUUGACGACGUUGUCGUUGCUUCCGAGCCGGCGCCUAAAAAGAAAAGGGUCGAGUCCCCCAGACUGAGGGAUUCUCCUCCUUCUCCCCUUCGGAGCUCUUCCAUUGCGUCGCGUACGAGGGCUUCGACGAGGAAAGCCUCGACUUCUGUUCCUGAGGGCGUUCCGGAGCAAGUGAUCGAGCUUGACUCUCCUCCUUCCUCGGAUCAUGACGAGUCUUCCCAUCACGAUGAGAGUGCUUCUCAUCACGAUGAUGGUUUGAGGACUCCGGCGCGUGGUGGUUCGCCUUCUAAGGGGGACGAGUUCCUCACCCCUGGUGGUGGCGUUCCCUCCUCUGACCGGCGUGAUCGUGGUGGUUUCGAAGGAGGGGAAUCAUCUCGGCGUCCAGGUGAGAAUGAUGAGGCGUCUCGUCACUCGGAGGCGGGUGGUUUUGCUCCUGGCUCGAACCUCGGUGCUGAGGGUGGCGCCGGAAUUCCAAAGGAUGGUCCUGAGGGCUAUAAUCCUCACGCGUUCAAGACAUGGUGGAAUGGCGGGAGUCCUCUUAUGGAGGACCAGGAUGCUUGCGGAGGGGCGACUUGGAUGUCUAAAGUUCAUCCCGGCUUGGGGAUUCCGCGUGAGGAGCUCACCUUUAGGACCGAUUUCGACGAAGCUGCUCAACAUCAUAUUAUGUCUGGCGGGAAGUUCACCGCGUUGGUCCAGAAGUACGAGACGGCGCUUCGGGCAGCUAAGGACGAAGCCUUUGUGUUGCGGCGAGAGCGGGAGAUGGCCAAGGAUGUCGAUACAAUGGUGGCUGAUUUGCAGCAGGAUAAACUGGUGCUUGAGUCGAAGGUCGCGGCGCUGAACAGGGAGAUAGUGAAGACUCUCGGACUCCAGGAGGUAGCAGACAAGCUGAGGGCUCAAGUGAGUGAUCUGGAGGAGAAGCGCGUCGGGAUGCAGAGGCUUCUGCUGCUGAGAUGGAGCGUCUCCGACGGUCUCGUCGAGAUCGGUCGAGGCGGCUGUGACUCAGGUCUUCGACUCGGUGAAUGA